AUGGCCUCGGUGAAAAACGACAACCGGCUGACUGGCUCUCAAAGCUUCAUGUGCGUCGGCUUCUCCGGCUUCUUCAGCAAAACCGUCACGUCCCCCCUGGAGGUGGUGAAAAUCAAAAGCCAGGUGGGGACUUUUCACUGCAAGAGCGGUUUCUGGCAAAGUUUCUUAGUCAUCUACCGGAAUGAGGGACUUCGAGGAUUUUGGAAAGGAAACAUGGCUUCGUGUCUGCGUUUGUUUCCGUACAACGCAGUUCACCUCACAACGUACAAAAAGAUAGUCCACCUCCAUAUGGAUGAGUUUGGUUUCAUCUGUCAGUGGAGGGCCAUAUUUGCGGGGGGUCUUGCUGGCGUUGCUGCAGCUCUGGUCACGUACCCUCUGGAGGUAGCAGAGACGAGACUUAUUAUUCAGAACUGCAGAGAGCGCACGUACAUCAGCAUAGCUCAUACCAUCUCAAAGAUCUACAGGAACGAAGGGCUGCGCGCUCUCUACAGAGGGUUUCCCCUCACUGUCUUGGGUGCGUUUCCUUUUUCUGUCGGAUGUUAUAUAGUCUACGUGAACUUGGACAAGCUCUGGCAGGAAGCACCUUCCCGCUUCACCUCCCUGCAGAACUUCAUUAACGGCUGUGUUGCAGCAGGAGUGGCUCAAACGCUCUCGUACCCUUUUGAAACUGUGAAACGAAAAAUGCAGGCGCAAAGUGCUCGUCUUCCUCAUUUUGGUGGAGUGGACGUGCAUUUUAGCGGCAUGAUCGACUGUUUCAUACAGGUCAUUAAAAACAAGGGCAUCCUGUCACUGUGGAGUGGACUCACGGCUAACACAAUAAAGAUCGUUCCCUACUUCGGCCUCCUCUUCACCUGCUUUGAGCUGUGUAAGCAGGUUUGCCUUUACAGAAACGGCUACAUCGUCUCGCCUCUGAGCUACAAGCUGAUGCCGGGGGUCGACCAGAGCCUCGGGCCGUCCGAGCUGGAGGAGGUCAGGCGCUACUUGAGAAACAGGAACUUUGGGUCAGAAGAGUCAUCUCUGGGAAAUCGCUGGCUGCUGAAGAUGAGUGAGCAGGCUAUCUCCUUCGCCAAGGACUUCCUGGCUGGUGGCAUCGCCGCUGCCAUCUCUAAAACGGCCGUAGCCCCCAUCGAGAGGGUCAAGCUUCUCCUCCAGGUGCAACAUGCCAGCAAACAGAUCACAGCUGACAAGCAGUACAAGGGCAUCAUCGACUGCGUCGUCCGUAUCCCCAAAGAGCAGGGCUUCCUUUCUUUCUGGAGAGGGAAUCUGGCCAAUGUCAUCAGAUACUUCCCCACUCAGGCACUCAACUUCGCUUUCAAGGACAAGUACAAGAAGAUUUUCCUGGAUGGUGUAGACAAGCACACGCAGUUCUGGAGAUACUUUGCUGGCAACCUGGCGUCUGGCGGUGCUGCGGGAGCCACGUCGCUCUGUUUUGUCUACCCUCUCGACUUUGCCAGAACUCGCCUCGCUGCAGACGUGGGCAAAGCAGGAAUGGAGCGUGAGUUCAACGGCCUGGGAGACUGUUUGGUGAAGAUCUUCAGGUCUGAUGGUCUCAAGGGUCUGUACCAGGGCUUCAAUGUUUCAGUGCAAGGCAUUAUCAUCUACAGGGCUGCUUACUUUGGCAUCUAUGACACAGCAAAGGGUAUGCUUCCAGACCCCAAGAAUACACACAUUGUUGUGAGCUGGAUGAUCGCUCAGACCGUAACUGCCGUCGCUGGUCUUACGUCCUACCCAUUCGACACUGUCCGUCGUCGUAUGAUGAUGCAGUCUGGACGCAAAGGAGCUGACAUCAUGUACUCUGGCACCCUGGACUGCUGGAGGAAGAUUGCACGUGACGAAGGAAGCAAGGCCUUUUUCAAAGGAGCGUGGUCCAACGUGCUCAGAGGCAUGGGCGGCGCCUUCGUGCUCGUAUUGUACGAUGAGCUGAAGAAAGUCAUCUAAGAUCUGUCUGUUCACUGUCCAUGUUGUGAAGUUUAACUGUAACAUAUCUUGUACAUUUGGAUGGACUUAAAUACAGAGUUAUGUUUAUAGGGACCAACUAGUAUUUUCUACUAGUUGUUAUGGAGAGAAUGUUCUGCACUUGUCUCUUGGCCUGUCUUUGUUUGUUUGUUUGUUUUACCCCUCACAAGAAUUUCAUUCCCUAACCUCAAGAACUUUGCCAGACUAAGGGAAAUAAAGGCAACCUACUGAGUGAACCUCUCACCUGGUUUUGAAAUGUAAUGCCAUGUCUUAAGGGUACUGGUAAGCCCUCGGCUGCCUUGCUUCGGUUAAGCCGUCUGGCAACCUCUUGCGAGAGUCGUAAGCUUAGAGCUGCCGGUUGUAGUUGGGGACGAGCCAAAAUCAGCUGAGAAAGUUGACCUGCUGACAAAACUACAGCCGUGAUACACAAGUAGUCUGGAGCUACAUCUGAACAAAUGACUUUCCCCAGAGGAACAGCUAGGAUUACCUGUCGAGAGGUGGAUUAUUUCAACCUUCUAAAUAUACUUUGAUCUCCCGCCGAGCCGUUUCCGACUCCCAACGGUGCGACUGACUUUGUCCUUGAGCUGUCGACCAUUUACCAAUAUGGCACACAAGAUAUUUACUGUUGGAGAGCUUCUUGAUUGGUCACUUUUUAGAGGGAAACGAGUUAAAAUUAGUUCAAAAGAAGGAUCACAUGGUUGUAGCUGGUAUUCUGUUUUAUAGAGGGCUCGUACACUGAAUUCCUCCUGACACUUGAUCCUGUUUGGCGUAAAGUCAAGACAAGUAAAGACUGAGCUGGUUGUGGCACGUGCAGGACAGGACAUGGUGUACUCCUUGAUCCCUAACCAGGGCGUGAAACACCCACUCCGUAAUGGCUGACUGUAGGAUUUGACCUUGUGAUGUUCGUAUAAAUAUGGGACCGUUGCAGAAAACCCGGUUGUAAUUGUUUCAACAGCAUUAGUGACAAAAUGACUUUCCAAAGAAAGAAAAUAUACUACAGAUAAUACUACAGAUCUCUCUCUCCUUUAUAUCCUCAUUAUUAUUAUGUCAUCAUUAAAGCAAAGCAGCAA